AUGCUAUCAGCAUGUAGGGCAUGUCAUAUCGUGCUGGACAGACAAACAGAAAUGUGGUGUUUAAUUUUAUUAUUUGUUGCGAUCGCUGGCUUAGGUCAUGCAGAGGAAGAGUAUCACAUUACGCCAGUGGCGCUGCCGGCAUCUUCGGCCAGCCGCAUCGUUGGAGGUACAGCUACUACGAUACAACAAUACCCUUUUACAGUACAGAUUUAUAGAAGUAAUGCAUUCAGCUGUGGAGGGUCGCUCCUGACCAGACGACACGUAUUGUCUGCAGCACACUGCUUCGUUACAUCAGAUGGAUUCGUCAUAAGUCCCUCAGUGGUCACCAUUCGCGUCGGCUCGACUUUCCUAUAUUCAGGAGGCUCCACACAUCAGGUAUCAGCAAUUAUAGUCCACGAGAACUAUGGUAUUCCAGUGAGGGACAAUGAUAUAGCAGUAUUAUUGCUCAGAACAGCUGUGACCUUAAGUUCAACUGUCGCUACUGCCUACAUACCGGUGCAAGGAGCCGCUGUAACUGACAACGCCACAGUCAUAGCCGUCGGUUGGGGACUGACUAGUGAAAAUGCUGCAGGGCCUUCGUCCGUAUUAAACGAGGUGUCAAUCAGGAAGAUCAACCUGGGCACAUGUCAAUACAACUACUUAAGACUACAAUCGACGUCGGGAAUCCCUUACCCUGUCACUAGCAACAUGAUCUGCGCUGGAAUCCUUGGCGUUGGAGGUAAAGAUGCGUGUCAAGGUGACUCUGGUGGUCCUCUCCUCUACGGUGGGGUAGUAGUGGGGGUGACGUCAUGGGGGGAGGGAUGCGCGCAGGCGGACUACCCUGGGGUGUCUGCCAGGGUCUCCAGCUAUACCACUUGGAUCAACAACACGGUUAACCGGUAUAAUGGUGCCAGUUCGGUUGACGUGGUUCGAGUCACUCUGCUGAUUCCCUUCUUGUAUUUAAUACUCAGCACUUAG